UAUGCCGAGUUCUCCCUCUAACAAUAUGUUAGCUACAAUCCGGCAGCUAAGCUUAGACCGUACCGAGGCAACCGACAAUGCACUAAUUUCACGAAACUGCCAUACAACGUGAUUUUGAUUCAGCUUUGCCUUGUGCUUUGACAAUCACGUUAUGUUGCGUAUCCGUUAAUUACUUUUGAGUCACCGUUGAUUCUUCUUCUGAAGAGGCCACAAAGUGCUCUCCUUUUAUUUGAAGUGAUGACAUCUCGUUUAGCUCGACAUGACAGUGGUCAUUUACGAAUACAAGUGACAACUCACAGCUCAAGAUGUACUAAUUUCGCAAGUUUUCUGAGCAAUUACAAUAUCAUUCAAGUUAUAUCAGAGCCCAUCAAUACGUGUCAUGAUGGAAAAAAGCCCUUGGAUCCUAAGCUUGAGACAAGCCACACAUCAUGACCUCAGCCUCCCCCACCACAGCCACUUCGGGGUAGGGUAAGAGACGGGACUCGAUAUGGCGGGGAGCCGAGAACGGGAGGGGACGGCUUUCAGCGGUUGGGCCAUUAGAGAAAGAUUCCGAGCUGUGCUGGAAACACGGAAUCCCAAGUCCGUAGCGUUGGGAUAAGAAUACAGUCUUCUCAACAAUUAAAUAACAUCUCUUGCUUCAUCUUGGCUUCCAUAAACCACUCAAUCUCUCUAUUGACUGUGUCUGUUGCUUCUUACAAGCCAUCGUCUCAUUGGCAUCUCAACUCCUCGGAAUCGUCACUACUCCUCAACAACCGUCUUUCCGAGGACUUGAUCGACCUUCCAGUCUCCCUUGAUUCUUCGUUCCAAUGCCUGUCAUGUCGAUUGACAAGCUUACACCUUCUGCCGCGGCACCUCCUUCUGAUGACAAUGUCCUCUGGAGGCAUUUGGAUCCAAAGUCCACUCACAUGUGGAAGUUUCUUGAGCACGUGAACAAGAAGCAUGAUUUAAGUCUCGAUGGUUAUCCAGCACUAUACAAGUGGUCUAUCGACGAAGUUGCUCAGUUCUGGGAGGAAGUUUGGCAUUUUGCUGGGGUUACGGCUUCAAAGCCUUUUGAAGAGGUCCUUCCUAAAAAUUCUCCUAUGUAUCCCCGACCAGACUUCUUCUCGGGCUCACGUCUUAACUUCGCCGAGAACCUCCUCUUUCCCGCAACCUCUCCACUUCCCGAGCCCGCUGCUCCAGCCGUUAUCACUGUUACCGAGUUGCCAAACUCCACAGUGACUACUUCAUGGGCUGAGUUGCGUGAGGCAGUCCGUCGUUGUUCUAAUGCCCUGCGUGCAGCUGGGCUUAAGACUAAUGAUGUUGUUGCGGGUUUCGUCUCAAAUCAUGUUGAAGCUCUGGUUGCUAUGCUUGCCGCCGCCUCAGUCGGCGCCAUUUGGACUGGCAUAAGUCCUGAUAACGGUGUCUCAGCUGUGCUGGACCGUCUGAACCAGAUUGCGCCCAAGGUGCUAUUUGCCGAUAAUGGUACAGUCUACAACGGCAAGGAGUGGUCUAGCGUAGCAAAGACGACCGAGAUUGUUGCUGCGUUGAAGGACAAGGGGCUUGAGAGAGUAGUUGUGAUUAACAACAUCAGCUCUGGUGGACUUGGCCUCGCGGAGCUUGAGAAGCAUGGCGUGUUGGCUGUUGAUUACACCAAGAUGCUUGAGUCUGCUUCUGAAGACCCUCUGAAGUUUGAGCAGCUUCCUCCAGCUCAUCCCCUCUACGUUCUCUACUCCAGUGGCACAACUGGCCUCCCCAAGGCCAUUGUCCAUACAGCUCUAGGCACGCUUCUGCAGCACAAGAAGGAGCAUCUUCUUCACUGCUCACUCGACUCCUCAUCUCGGAUGCUCUACUAUACGACCACGUCCUGGAUGAUGUGGCACUGGAGCAUCGGAGCUCUUGCCGUUGGCUCUACCAUCGUCGUCUACUCUGGCUCUCCUUUCCGCCCCCAUGGUCAUCUCUCACUCCCACGUCUCCUCUCUGACCUCAAGGUCACUCACUUCGGAACCUCAGCCGCCUACCUGACUGCGCUAGAGGCCAAUAACGUUUAUCCUGUCCGUGAUGAGUCGAUUGAUCUUUCAAACCUGCAGGCUAUUUACUCCACUGCUUCACCUCUCCCCCCAUCGACCUUCAAGUUUGUCUAUGAAGCCUUCCCCAAGCAUAUCAACCUCGGCUCGAUUACCGGCGGAACAGACAUCAUCUCACUAUUCGGGGCGCCUUGCCCACUACUCCCUGUUCGCGUUGGCGAGAUCCAGUGUGCUGGUCUUGGUAUGGCUAUCCGCGCUGUGGACUCUGUCACAGGCGAGCCCAUCAAGGCCGACGAGCCAGGUGAUCUUGUCUGUAUCAAGCCUUUCCUUUGCCAACCUCUGACCUUUUUCGGUCCUAGCGGUGAGGCCAAGUAUCAAUCGGCUUACUUUGAGAGGUUCGAAAACAUCUGCGGCGUUGAGGGCGCAGUAUGGCAUCACGGAGAUUUCGUCAAGAUUCCUGACCCUGCAACCGGCAGUCUCGUCAUGCUUGGACGCUCAGAUGGUGUGCUAAAACCAUCAGGGGUGAGAUUCGGCUCUGCCGAGAUCUACAACAUUCUCACACGCUUCUUCGCCUCUGAAGUUGAGGAUGCAGUUUGCGUUGGGCGUAGACGAGAGACAGACUCAGACGAGACUGUAUGUCUCUUUGUGGUGAUGGUACCUGGACAUGAAUUCAGCGAUGACCUGCGCCUAAGGAUCAAGUCCAAGAUCAAGUCUGAGCUGAGCCCUCGACAUGUGCCUGGCGUCGUGGAGGAGUGUGGAGGCGGCGUCCCCAAGACUGGCAAUGGAAAGAAGAUUGAGGUCGCAGUGAAACAGAUCCUUUCUGGUAUGAAUGUCAAGACCAAUGCCAGUGUUGCAAACCCCGAAGCAUUAGAUUGGUUCAAGAAGUGGGCAGAAACUCACUAAAUAAGUCUGGUUAGUUUGGGGAGUUAUAUCUUCGGCCGGAACUAGAUAAAACAUUGUCUAUGGGAUUUACGAAGGCUACAUGGGUUAGAUACGAUGGCGUCGAUAACAAAGUGACUGGCUGAUUUCUGGUUUCGCAAGU